AUGUCCGAAUCUGGGCAGUCCUCAGCAGCCGCCACACCGAGCACCACUGGAACCAAGUCCAACACUCCCACGUCAUCUGUGCCCUCUGCUGCCGUCACACCCCUGAACGAGAGCAUCCAGCCCAUCAGCGAAUACAAUGGCACGACCAAGAACAAUAAGAGGGCACGAGAAAAACGGAACAGCCGGAACAUGGAAGUCCAAGUCACGCAGGAGAUGAGGAAUGUCAGCAUAGGAAUGGGCAGCAGUGAUGAGUGGUCCGAUGUUCAGGAUAUCAUAGACUCUACUCCAGAGCUGGAUAUGUGUCAAGACCCCCGCCUGGAACGCACUGGUAACAGCCCAACACAGGGGAUUGUGAAUAAAGCAUUCGGCAUCAACACAGACUCUCUGUAUCAUGAACUUUCCACAGCAGGGUCUGAAGUUAUCGGAGAUGUUGAUGAAGGAGCAGAUCUGCUAGGAAUGGGCAAAGAAGUGGGGAAUCUGCUGUUGGAGAACUCGCAGCUGCUGGAGACCAAAAAUGCUUUGAACGUUGUGAAGAAUGAUUUGAUUGCCAAGGUUGACCAGCUGUCUGGAGAGCAAGAAGUGUUGAAGGGAGAGCUUGAAGCAACAAAGCAGGCCAAAGCCAAAAUGGAAACCAGAGUCAAGGAGCUGGAGGAGGAGCUGAAAAGAGUGAAAUCUGAAGCGAUUGUUGCCCGACGAGAACCCAAAGAGGAGGUGGAGGAUGUAAGCAGCUAUCUCUGUACAGAAUUGCAGUGCUCCUCCCCCCUGCAGGACAACAUUCCCAUAGCUCAACGCCGUCGCUUCACUCGCGUGGAAAUGGCUCGGGUUCUGAUGGAGCGCAAUCAAUACAAAGAGAGGUUGAUGGAGCUCCAGGAGGCUGUCAGGUGGACAGAGAUGAUCAGAGCUUCCCGUGAGCAUCCAUCUGUCCAGGAGAAGAAGAAAUCCACCAUUUGGCAAUUCUUCAGCCGUCUGUUCAGUUCUUCCUCGAGUCCCCCACCAGCAAAGAGGACCUAUCCAUCUGUGAACAUCCACUACAAGUCUCCAACAACAGCAGGGUUCAGCCAGCGUCGCAGUCACACCAUGUGCCAGAUCUCCUCCGGCAGCCGCACCCUAGAGUUCUUCCCUGAAGAUGACUGUACGUCCUCAGCACGUCGCGAACAGAAACGGGAGCAGUACCGCCAGGUCCGGGAGCAUGUGCGAAACGAUGACGGGCGAUUGCAGGCCUGCGGCUGGAGCCUCCCUGCCAAGUACAAGCAGCUGAGUCCCAAUGGUGGUCAGGAAGAUACUCGCAUGAAAAACGUCCCCGUGCCUGUAUAUUGUCGCCCACUAGUAGAGAAGGACCCCACCAUGAAGCUGUGGUGUGCAGCUGGAGUCAAUCUCAUGGGAUGGAGACCUUUGGAGCAGGAGUCUGGGAAUGGACAGAAACUAGAUCCUGGACGUGAUCCCCUCACCUGCGAUAGGGAAGUGGAAGGCGAGAACAACAAAAGUAACCAUACAUCUCCUGAAAAGAAAAAGGCGAAGGAGCUCCAUGAAAUGGAUGCCACGUCCAGUCGUGUCUGGAUCCUCACUAGUACGCUGUCAACAAGUAAAGUUGUAAUUAUUGAUGCCAAUCAGCCUGGCACAGUGGUGGACCAGUUCACUGUCUGCAAUGCUCAUGUGCUCUGCAUUUCCAGCAUCCCCGCGGCCAGUGAGAGUGAUUAUCCUCCAGGCGAGAUCUUUCUGGAGGGAGAUGUAAAUCCUGAAGAGUCGUCUGGAACAGAUGGUGUCUUGGCAGGAAUCACUCUGGUGGGCUGUGCGACCCGCUGCAAUGUGCCACGAAGCAACUGUUCCUCACGUGGUGACACACCUGUGCUGGACAAGGGACAGAGUGAGGUGGCUGCUGUCUGCAAUGGGAAGAUCAACCAGUCCCAGUCUACUGAGGAGGCAACAGAAGCUACAGAGGUACCAGAGAACGGUACAAGCGAGGCAGAGCCUGCUCAAGCCCGGCCUGGCCCCCUCACGGAGCACGUGUUUACAGAUCCAGUCCCGGCACAGGCAUCUCUUAGGCAGAAUGGGGAGAAUGGGCAGCUGAAGACAGAGUCAAGCACAACACUGCCAGAUCAGGAGUCGAAUGGGGAUGCUGCUGGGACUUGCACCAGUGCUGCCCCCACCAUGUGGCUGGGAGCACAGAACGGCUGGCUUUAUGUGCACUCGGCUGUAUCCAACUGGAAGAAGUGUCUGCACUCAAUAAAGCUGAAGGACUCUGUACUUAGUCUAGUGCAUGUGAAAGGGAGAGUCCUUGUAGCUCUGGCAGAUGGAACACUAGCCAUAUUCCACCGGGGAGAAGAUGGUCAGUGGGAUCUCAGUAAUUACCACCUUAUGGACCUCGGUCACACUCACCAUUCCAUCCGCUGCAUGGCGGUUGUGUAUGACAGAGUCUGGUGUGGCUACAAGAACAAAAUUCAUGUUAUCCAACCUAAGACAAUGCAGAUUGAGAAAUCCUUUGAUGCCCACCCUCGGCGGGAGAGUCAGGUGCGACAGCUGGCAUGGAUUGGCGAUGGAGUAUGGGUUUCUAUCCGCCUGGACUCCACUCUGAGGCUUUACCAUGCCCACAGCCAUCAACAUCUGCAGGAUGUCGACAUUGAGCCUUACGUCAGCAAGAUGCUAGGCACUGGAAAGCUGGGCUUCUCAUUCGUGCGGAUUACAGCCCUGCUCAUUGCUGGCAACCGCCUCUGGGUAGGCACAGGGAACGGUGUCGUCAUCUCCAUUCCAUUGACUGAGACUGUAGUCCUCCACCGAGGCCAACUCCUUGGGCUCCGGGCCAACAAGACCUCACCAACCUCUGGAGAGGGUAGUCGCUCUGGCGGGGUCAUCCACGUGUACGGCGAUGACAACAGUGACAAAUCUGCCAGCAGUUUCAUUCCCUACUGCUCCAUGGCUCAGGCACAGCUCUGUUUCCACGGCCACCGUGAUGCUGUCAAGUUCUUCGUCUCUGUGCCUGGCAAUGUCCUAGCAACCCUGAAUGGGAGUGUGUUGGACAGCCCUUCAGAGAAUCCCAGCACAGCGGCCACAGAGACUGAGGGGCAGAAGCUGAAGAACGUCCUGGUGCUGAGUGGAGGAGAAGGAUACAUCGAUUUCCGGAUCGGGGAUGGAGAAGAUGAUGAGACAGAGGAGAGUGCAGGAGAUGCCACCCAAGUGAAGCCAGUACUUUCCAAGGCUGAAAGGAGCCACAUUAUUGUGUGGCAGGUAUCAUAUAUCCCUGAGUGAGAAUUUCUCCUUUCCCACCAAUGUAAGUGUCCCUCCUCCCGCCUGAAUGCCAAGAUGUACAUACAGAACGCCUGCAUUAUACCUACUGCUGGAAACCGACCCCAGACAACUGCAACGGCUCCUGCCUCGGACUGUGAUCCCCCCUUCUAACCUCUGAACUUGCAGCUUUCAUCUUGGGCCCAUGCGCUUUCUGCGUGGUUGGAUUAUUGUUCUGCUCUGGAGCUGGCAUCUACAAGGAGAGAAGUGGCAGUGCAUCGAUGAAGUGAAGCUUGGAGCUAGAACUGUGCAAAGCCUUUGCCCAGCGCUCGGGAGCUGGCAGCUAGGUGGGUGGUGGCUCGGGUUCUCCGGCAGGUUGCCUC